AUGGUUAGGUUUGGCGUGCUGGCGCUGGCCACUUGGGCCGGCCUCGCCGCAGCCAAGGACGUCUACCUGAAUUGGAAUGUCACUUGGGUAAAUGCUGCUCCUGAUGGAUUCAUGCGUCCGGUCAUCGGUAUCAAUCACAAAUGGCCCUGCCCGCAGAUUGAUGUGAAUGUCGGCGACCGUCUGAUCAUCGAUGUUUACAACGGUCUUGGAAAUGAAUCCACCGGUAUUCACUGGCACGGUUUCCGCCAGUCUUCCACUGGUGUCAUGGAUGGCGCUGUCGGAGUCACUCAGUGCCCACUUGCUCCUGGCUCACACAUGCAAUAUCACUUCGAUGUCGAACAAGCUGGAACGUACUGGUAUCAUUCGCACAACAUGGGCCAAUACCCAGAUGGCUUCCGAGGUGCAUUGAUCGUGCAUGACCCCAAUGCCCCUUUCCAAUAUGAUGAAGAACUUACGAUCACCCUGAGCGACUGGUACCACCAGGAAAUGCCCGGGCUUUUGAACACGUUCCAGUCCAAGGUUACCCCGAACGGGCCCCGUGGGGAGCCCCUUCCUGACUCGGCAUUGAUCAAUGACGCGACCAACACUAAGAUCAAGGUCCUUCCCAAUAAGACGUACCUGGUGCAUAUUAUCUGUACUGGAAAUUGGCCUGGGCACACCUGGGUGUUCGAUGGCCACGAGAUGACCGUUGUGGAGGUAGAUGGAGUCUACGUUGAGCCCUAUCCUGCCGGCGAGAGAUUCUUGCGCAUUGCGACUGGUCAGCGCAUGAGUGUCUUGAUUAAGACCAAGCCCGACGCUAGCAAGAACUUCGCCAUCUGGGAUACCAUGGAUGUUAACAUGAUGUUCUUCUAUGAAAACCGCACCAUCCCCGCAGGAUACAACCCUAAUGCUACCGCCUGGCUGGUAUACGACGAGUCCAAGCCCCUCCCUGCGCCUCCUGUCUUCGGAACCGACUUUGACUUUGUGGAUGAUCUCGACUUUGUGCCAAUCGACCGCGAGCCUUUGCUGCAGCCAGUGAACCACCAGAUCGUCUUGGACACCGGUAACGCGUUGAUCAACGGCGUGCCACGCUUCACCGUGAACAACCAGACCUACAUCGCUCCAAAGGUCCCAAGCUUGUACACUGCAAACACCGUCGGUCCCGAGUUCGCAUCCAACCCCGCCGUAUACGGACAGGUCAACCCCUUCGUCGUCAAGCACGGCGAUAUCGUCGAAAUCGUGAUCAACAACCACCACAACAACCUGCACCCCUGGCACUUACACGGCCACCAGUUCCAGGUCCUGCAGCGCACGGAUGUCGACGGUGGCUACUACACCGGCUUGGGUAGCAAGGUGUCCACGACCCCCGUCAGGCGCGACACCAUCAUGGUCCAGAACCACGGACACGCAGUCCUCCGCUUCCGUGCCGACAACCCCGGAGUCUGGAUGCUGCACUGCCACGUCGAAUGGCACGUCGAAGCAGGCCUGAUGGCGACCAUCAUUGAGGCCCCCGAGACCUUCGCCGAUACCCUCAAGGCGCCGCCCAAGAGCCACUACGAUGCCUGUGCCUCCUUCCCGCAGCCUGUCAGCGGCAACGCCGCUGGUAAACAGGGCCUCGACUUGACUGGACUCGACACCCAGGUUACCCCGGGUAGCCAUGGUGCUCUGUACUAUGGCAACAAGCACAGCCCCGCCAACACCCCCUUGGCCCAAGCCCCACCGGCACCGAAGCCCAGCAGCAAGGCCCCGGCCCCGGCCCCCAAGCCCACCACGAAGGCCCCCGCGCCUAAGCCUGUACACACCCAAAAGCCAGCCUCCCACGCUCCCGUCCCUCAGCCCGAGCAGUCCCACGCUCCAGUUCCGGCUUCGGCUCCAGGAGCUCCAGCUCUCCCAUCGGAGCCGGAGUACAAUCCGAAACCAGACUACCACUACUCGCACCCGAAACAUGAGCACCACGAAUCUACUUACAUCAACAAAGUAAACACGGGGGGCUCGUGGCCCCCCGUCCAUAUCGAUGGGUCUAAUAUCCGCAUCGACAACCCGAACAAGCCGCAUGACCACCACCUCACCAUCCACGAGGAGCUCAUCCAUGGCCCGUCGCCGAGUGAAGAUGCCGAUAACGGCUAUGUUCUUGAUGAGCACCAUGGGUAA